AUCGAGAGUGUACGAUAUAUAACAUAAACACUAACGCCAUCAAUAAUUGUACAUCGCAAAGUAUUUUAAAUAUAUUGGAAUAUGUCUACUAACCAGGAAAAAACAGGACCACCACCAUCAUACAACCAAGCAGCAUAUCCCAAUACUCAGCCUCAGCCUCAGUAUGGAUACGGGAACCAGUACAACCAGUAUCCAGGAAGUCAAUAUCCGCCGCAAGGUGGCGUUCAGGGCCAGUAUCCCGGUCAAUUUCAGCAGCACAAUGUUGUGGUUGCACAGCCCGGGCCUACAAUGGUCGUAGCCCAGCCCCCUCAACAAGACUGGAUGGUACCCGCUAUUCUCUCGUGUUUGUGCUGCUUCUGGCCAACGGGGAUAUUUGCCAUCCUUGCCGCUAAUAAGGCAAAAAAUGCAGCUGCUGUUGGUGAUGUAGCGGAAGCACAGGAACAGUCAGGACGCGCGCGCACACUUGUCAUCGUUUCCGUUGUGAUUGGAGUUAUUGUCAUUGCACUUUCCGUGAUACUGCGAGUGGUUCUCUACUCUAGUUACUCACGUUACUGAAACAAAGACGUCGUAAUCACAUGACUUCAUAGCGAGGGCUAUGUAAAUUGUGACAUGUUUAAUCCUGAUUCUGGAAUAUUCAUAUACACGUAUAUCACCGUAUAUGUUUAAAGGUUAAAGUGAACAAAGUAUGUACAAUCAAUUUGAUAUAAUAAAUCAUGUUGUAAAUUGUGUUGUUAGGUAUACUUGUGGGUAACUGUCUGCUUUUUAAUGCCAGAGAAAACUUGACAUUUUUUAACAAUAUGCUCCUAGUUUGAUACAUGAAAUGUCUUCUUUUUCUCAUUAUGUAUUGUAUAUUACAUGUUGCAUGUUCUUCCCUUAGACAGAUUUUCAUGUAUGUAUAUUUCUACAUUUUAUACAGUGAAAACAUAUGCUGAUAAAGGCGAGAAUAUGGUAUGCUUAUGUAUGCCAUUACGAAUUUAGCAUAUUGAAAAUGUUAGAUAUUGUACAUGUAAGUGUAUUAGCUCAGUUAAUUUUAGGAGAGUUUAUUAAUUUUGAUAAUACAGUUUUAUUGAACUCAUAUUGUUGAAUAUUUGUACAAGUAAGCCGUAAAAUGUUUUACAGCCAAUAAUUAGCUCUGUAAGUCUUAUACUAUAUCCUAAUACAUGUAGCUAAUACUUUUUUCUUGUUGAUUUUCAUUGUAAAUUGAUUUUUUAAAAUUAAAAAAUACAAUUUAA